CGGACCCUCCCCCGCUGUUCUAUUGGCUGUGGAGGAGUGCUGCGCGCGCAGUGGUCCUCCUUGUUGCCGGGUGUGAGUGCACGGGACUCCGUGGGAGCAUGUCGACUGGCGACGAGGACACGCGGACAGUACCGCCGCGACCAAGCAGCAUUACCCUCGUCGCUGCAAUCCUGCACACAGCAGUAAGAUCUCGACCGCGACACAACUAAACUUUGUUGAACUUUAUAAACUCAGUUAUGCAGAAGAGAAUUUCUUUAGCGCGUUUUCAGUGAUUUUAGUUUUAUAUGGUAGGAAAGUAGUGAUGUGCGAUGGCUGAUAUUAGGGAUGUCAAGAGUUGUCCGAGCUUGCAGUGCGCGUUUCGCGUUGUUGCGCUCUGCGCGUGGGCAUGUGCUGUCCUGCCGUACGCAGCGGAAGUCCACGCCGAUGUUGAUACUUCUACUGGACACGGAGACAAUACUCUUACUAACUCAGUCGUUGAAGAACCGGAGUUUACGGAUGUUAUUCAAAAUGUGACGGUGCCAGCAGGCCGCAGCGUCCGUCUUGCCUGUUCCGUCAAAAAUCUCGGAUCUUACAAGGUAGCAUGGAUGCACUUCGAGCAAUCAGCCAUUCUGACAGUUCACAACCACGUCAUAACCCGCAACCCCCGCGUCAGUGUGACGCAUGACAAGCACCGCACGUGGUUCCUGCAUAUCUCGGACGUGCGCGAGGAAGACCGGGGACGAUACAUGUGUCAGAUCAACACGGUCACCGCGAAAACACAGUUCGGAUAUUUACACGUCGUUGUGCCCCCUUCUAUCGACGACUCGUUGAGUUCGAGCGACGUUAUCGUGAGAGAGGGCGCCAAUGUCACUCUGAGCUGUCGGGCUAAUGGCUCUCCUAAGCCCACCAUAAAAUGGAAACGGGAUGACAACUCAAAAAUCUCCAUUAGCAAGGGACAUUCUGUUUCAGAUUGGGAAGGUGAAAUACUAGAGAUGUCCCGAAUUUCCCGGCUGGAUAUGGGAGCUUAUUUAUGUAUUGCUAGCAAUGGAGUGCCUCCUACUGUAUCUAAAAGGGUGAAAGUUAGCGUGGACUUUCCACCGAUGCUUUGGAUUCCUCAUCAGCUUGUGGGUGCGCCGCUACAUUACAAUGUAACAUUAGAAUGCUUCACAGAAGCUCACCCAACAUCAUUGAACUAUUGGACCCGGGAUGACGGUCACAUGAUCCACGAAAGUAUCAAGUACCACAUGGAGAAUUCAGUCGGAUUACCAGCUUACAAGACACACAUGAAAUUAUUGAUUCGGAAUAUCGUAUCAGAGGACUACGGUACAUAUAAAUGCGUGGCUAAAAAUCCGAGAGGGGAAUCAGAUGGUACAAUAAGAUUAUACACUUCAUCUCCACCGACCACGACGCCAGAUCCCAGGGCUCUGACCAUCCCGCCGCCAUCAAAACCACCGCGGCGAGACACACCAAGCUUAGAUAAAGGAACCAAGUAUCAAUCAAAUUUGAACGAGAUCGAUAAAGGGAAGCAAAAGCCAGACGAGGGAGGUGGGAAGUCGCAUCUCAACUGGGUGGGGGGGGCGUCACAGGUUACAGAUAAUAGUGCAAACAGAAGAUUGAACAUCGGCUUGAUGUUUUUAAUUUAUUUUCCAAUGUUUCUUUAGAAUUAAUUAUUUCGUUGAAAUGCGAAUUAUACAACUAAAAUGCACCUUUGAUCACGUAUAUUUUUUAAAAAUAAACUAGAGCUUACUGUAAUAUGAAUAAAAUAUUGUUUUGCACCAAAUCUAUAUAAUAGGAAAAUGCACUGUAUGUAAUAAUUUACAAUAUAAAUAUACAACUAAGCUUCAAACACUCAAAUAUGACUUAAAUGAUGACGGUGAUAUAGUUUAGACGAAAUGUGACGGCCUUAGAUUAAGGAUUGGUCUCCGUUGCGCUCUAACUAGAUACCGCAGGUGUACUCGCAAAUAGCGAUAACUAAUACCACGACCAAGUGGGCGUACUCGAGCCAGUCUCGAAUAAUAUGCGACGUUGACGUGCACCAUGUUCCGUUAAACUUUGCUAAUAAUUGAAACUAAAAUGCCGGGUUGCGUAGUAAAACUUUGUAAAAAUAAUACUACAAGAAAUAAGAACGACACUGGGAUCACAUAUCAUCACUAAGUAUUUUGUAUUUUAUUAAUUUCAAUGUAAAAUAACACGAAGCUUACAAGAUUUGAAAGAUGCCAUUUAGUGUCAAGAUCACGCACACAAGCGUCUAAUAGUUGCCGUAAUAAAAAAUCUAUUGUUCUUAGGUAGUGCGGUAUGUAGUUGGAAUGCAGCGGAGACCAAUCCUUAAUCUAAGGUGACGGCUUGAAUAGUAAUAGCGAAGAAGAGUGCAAAAUAUUAUAUGUUUAUAAACUUUAAACAAAGUACUUUUUACAGGAUUUUACAUAGUGUUUUAACGUAACACUUACAGUUAACCCAAUGUAAAAUUACAGUUACAAUUACACACAUUUUAAUCUCAUAAAAAGUAUUUUAUUUAAAUAAGUGUGUAAUACUUGCGUUAGUCAGAAAAUACUACCCCCCGUAUUCAUAAUAGUCUGCUAACUUAAAGCUUUGCUAAUUCUCACUCUGUCUUCUUCUAUUGACCUAAGUCAGAAUUAGAAAAAACACUCCUAAGCGGCUGUUUAAAGUUAGCGGACCAUUAUGAAUAACGGAGUACAUCUUUGAAGAUAAAUUUAAGCAUGCUUUAAAUUAUUUUAUCAUAUUAAAAUCUGUAAUAAUAAUAAUAAAGUAAUGUAAAUGUUUUUUUUUUCUUCAUCAAAGUGUCAUUAUUUGAAGUAUUUUUAUCGAGGAUUUUAUUUAAAUUACACUAGUAAUACCAUAACUUAACUGAAAUUUAAUACGUGUUUGUCAUCAAUGAAAUUUCGUAGCGAAAUUAGUUCAUAAUAAACAAUAAUUUAUGAUCCGACAUUUCAAGCCAAAUUAAAUUCAACUAAAUUAUUUUUCGUAUUACGAAAUUCAUAAGUUGAUACACUGUUUCACUGAGUAUUGUAAAAGAAUUGAUAAAAUGUGUGGCGUGGCUGUUACGAGGACAAAAUGGUGUUUGUUGCCAAGAAAAUGCCAAACCUAGGGAUUUUAUUGUACCUGUCUUUUACUAUGUCCAAAUAUCUCUGAAUAACUUCAUGUGCAAUUUAGCUAUAUUAUCACAUGAAUCUUACAUAAUUUAUACGUCUAGAUAGAGGCUUCUUUGCUGUUAGGCAACGUAUGACAACAGGGCAUGUUUAUUACUUUAGUUUGAUAGACUUUACUUACGUAAAAAUUUGCUGAGUGUGAUAGCACCCGAACUUGACUUUGCAUUGAGCUCAGAAUAAUUUAAGGUGUCAAAUGACUAUAAAAAUGAAAUCAAAGAUUAUGCUAAGCUUACACUCGGUUUAAUUUUGCGUAAGUAAAGUCCGAGCAUAGUCUAACCGCCGUUCCCAAUAUUAAGUCUAUCUCCAGUUGUGGCCUACCUGAGAUAAAAAUUGUAACUAUUGACUUUUCUGUCAUAAUAAAGUUAUCGACGAUAACUCAUCUUAUCCAUACACGCUGUCUGUCAAUAAGGGACGUAUAGAUUACCAGCGAUAGAGGUUAGUAUGGAAAUUGUAAUAUAUAACGGCCGUUCCCAAUAUACUAUCUACAGAUAGAGAUAAAUUACUACAUUCUACUGUCAGUAAUUAGCUGUCAAUAAUCUGAAGCUGUCCCAAUAUACCCGAUAAGUCAUUCUUAUCGCCUUAGUUGGGACGCGUGAAUUGCAAUUUUCAUACAAACUUCUAUCGCUGGUAAGCUAUACGUCGUCCCAUUGAGAGACAGCGUGUAAAGAUAAGGUGAGUUAGCGUCGAUAAGUUUAUUGGGACAGAAAAGUCAACGUUACUUACUAUUUUUAUCUCAAGUAAGAGAUAGACUGAAUAUUGGGAACGGCCGUAAGGCGAUAAGAAUGACUUAUCGGGUAUUAUUGGGACAGCUUCACAUUAUUGACAGCUAAUUACAGACAGUGGAAUGUAUUAAUUUAUCUCUAUAUGUAGAUAGUAUAGCGUACGUUGUUAUCAGUUCGUCGACUUCGCUUGACUAUUUUUUUGACGUGUUCACAGCUACCAGUCUAUCUAGUCGCAUAAAUUAACGAAGGAUUAUAUAUUUGCACUAUUCGUACGGUAUAGGAAAUUCUUCCGUCAAUUAAAGUUAUAAUAUACUUUACAAUGUAUAGUAUAAUGUAUCUAUGAGAGUAAAUGAGUACCUAUGUUAACUGUUGCCAAAUCGCUAAUUAUAAGGAGAGUGCUAAAUAGAUUAUAUUGUAAAUAUAAUUAAGCUUAAGCUGUGGAGUGUGUUUAUAAUCAGUAAAGUAUUCAUUGUUUAUAUUAUUAUUGUCUACUGAACUAAACCUAAAUGAUGUUGUAUCUAGCCCUUCGUGGCUUACACGUGAAGCUACUUCAGACAAGUAGAGAAGAAAAAUAAAGCUUGUUUUGAACAGUGAA